AUGAGCUAUGCGCUCAUGAAGCAUCCGGAUGGUUUGCUGUGCCAGGUCUUCAUCUCCCACGCUUGGGCAGAGGGCCUCUUUGAGCUUGGGGACUUAGUCUGGCGGGCAUGGCCUCGCCUGCAAGGGAUACGAAACAUGUACUGCUGCCUGCUGGCAAACCCACAGAACCUGGACAUCGGACAGCUGCUGAGCGGACCACCGAAGCAGAGCCCGUUCGCAAGGGCGAUGCGGAGCGCAUCACAUGUGCUGGUCAUCCCGAACGAAACUGUCAGCAUCUACACGCGUUUGUGGUGUGUGUACGAAGCCUAUCUGGGAACCUGCUGGCACAAGACCUGCCUCAUGCCCACACAACCGAAAAAGGUGGUCAGGAGGUCAGUUGUUGCACGCACCAUCAUAUUGCCGGCUGGUUUUGGCCUGCUGCUGGGGUCUGCGUGGUUAUUGUUCCUCUCCGACAAUCGAGUUCUCACACACAAGAUGGCCACAAUGCUCAUGUUCCUGUGCGUCACUGUCACUGCCCUAUGUUUUGCCGUCUCGCUGGCCAUGAAAGUGACCGCCUUCAUGUUUACGAAGCCAUGCCGUCUUUGGGUGAAGAUGAUGGUCAUCCGGACCUUGCACAUCCUGCUGCUCUCGUUGUGCACGACGGUGGCCUGCGCCUGGUAUAUCAUGAAGCAUCGAGAAUACCCGUCCCCCUGGCAACAGUUCCUACACUACUUCAUCCCGCUGGCGCUUGUUCUCUUCAACUUGUUGCGCAUCUCCCAGCUGAACCAGCAGCGCCUGGAGGGCUUGGAGCUCUCGACUCAAGCCGGGCACUUGCAGAUCCGGACACUGGACGAGGCAACCUGCACAAACCCCACGGAUGAGCUGCGGAUUCGGGAGGACAUCCGCGGUCACGAGGCCGACGUCGAUCUGACCAUCCGCGUGCUCAUGAAAGCAGGGGCCUACAACGAUUCCCUUCGAAAUGCCUUCGAAGCCGGGUUGGACAUCAGUGGGAUUGGCAACACAGACCUCCUGGCCAAGAUGGGCACCGCAAUUCUUAUCUGGGUUCUAGCAAUCGUGGACUCGGCCGGCUUCGCGGACAACUACUUCUCAUGUCAGUUUGGCAACGUCACCUGGCUCUACCUCUCCAUUGCCCUCACCAUCCUCAUGACGAUGCUGACGCCGGUGUUAAUCUGGCGCCUCCACCUUAGAGGUCAGCACCAAAGUGGAUUUGCCGUGAAGGUGUGGAUGAACUGUGCAUCAGUUGGCUUGGGGAUCCCAUUGCUGGUUCAGAUCGAAACGCACCUUCUGACAGCCAUGCACUUUCUGGAGAAAGAAAUGGAGGAGCCUCAAAAUGACGAGCUUUGGUGCCCGCCGUGGUAUGGAUGGUUUAUGGUGUCUAUUUUCAGACCCAUGGUCGCCGUGUUGUCUGCUGUGGCAGCUGUGCCACUUGGCGGAACCUUAAGACCCUCCUAUCUUGGAGGUUCAUGGUACUUAGUAACCACCCUAAACCCUAAACCCUAA